UCUGCACUCGCCAGCUCUCAGGACACAUCAGCUGCGCCUAGCUGUAGGUGAGCUGUGACCCUCAGAUGUCACCUGCGGGAUCACCUGUCGAGAAACAGGCACUUUAAAAUCAUUUAAACCACCCUGGGGGCCUGCCUGGCCACUGAGAGGGCUGGGAGCUCCUCCACCGGGAGCUGCCGCCAUGGAGGAGGUGGAGUCGCGCUUCCUGCACCUCCUGCAGCCCAUCCGCGACCUCACCAAGAACUGGGAGGUGGAUGUGGCCGCCCAGCUCGGGGAGUACCUGGAGGAGCUGGAUCAAAUCUGCAUUUCCUUUGACAACGGCAAAACCACCAUGAACUUCAUAGAAGCGGCCCUGCUGAUCCAGGGCUCAGCCUGUAUCUACAGCCGGAAGGUGGAGUACCUCUACUUGCUGGUCUACCAGACGCUCGACUUCAUCUCCAACAAAAAGUAAGUGGAGCCCCCAGCCCGGCGCAGCAGCUUUGCCGGGGCUCA